AAGCUCAGUGACUGGUAUAUAUAGCAAAUUCAGUGAGUGGAAAAGUUUGUAAAAGAAUGGCUAGGAGGAAAUGAUGUGAUGUGAAUCAUAGACGUAUUGGUAUUGUCCAGAAAUAAGAGUUUCUAGACCACAGCCAUUUAAUAAGGAAAGUUAUUUCUCUACUAAAAGGAAAGAAACUCUUACCGCCCGUUCGACAUGUAGUGCUUUUCCACGCGGUUUUUGUUUUGCAGAAACGAAAAAACGCUUAGGAUCUUAUGAGUUCAAAAACUCAGCUGCAAAAAAGAUCAUAGAAUUACCCACCUUCUUCCUCACCUCCACAAAUAAUCCUCCCGUCUACCCAUCCAAUCUACUCUCUGUGCUAGGUCUUUAAAGAAAAGCUACAACGGUACGAGGGAGAGUUUUACUGUGAUAGGUCUUCCAUUUGCGUCUCCUUCAAGCUUGUUCAGACGUUGAUGAUGAGCAUCCACUAGAGUUUCUCGAUCCAGCAUUCUGGCUUGUUGUAGGCACAAAGAUGAGUAUAGAAAGAGAUGUCUUUCAGAAAGAAAGUGAUGAUGACCGAUAUUUUGACUGGAAAGGAAGAGAGGCAGAUCCUCGAAAGCACGGUGGAACCAGAGCUGCUGCCUUUGCAUGUGUUGUGGAGGUGUUGACAAACAUGGUGUUUUUAGCCAAUGCCAGUAACUUUGUGAGAUACUUCUUGUUGUCAAUGCAUUACCCACAUGCUACAGCAGCAAAUAUGGUGACGAAUUUUAUUGGAACCUCCUUUUUGCUCUCCAUACUGGGAGGAUUUAUCAGUGACUCACUCUUCACAAGAUUCACAACCUUAAUCAUCUCCUCUAUCAUAGAGUUGCUGGGAUUAAUUUUGCUGAGAAUCCAAGCUCAGCACGCAAAAUUUCGACCAGCAUCGGGUGCUACGCCUUCUCGGUCUCAAGCAGCCAUUCUAUACACUGGCCUUUAUGUCGUUGCUACCGGUGUCGGUGGAAUCAAUGCGUCCUUACCUGCACACGGUGCUGAUCAGCUUGAUCACUGCAAUCAGAGACUCAUCUCUACCUACUUCAAUUGGUUUUUCUUUUCCCUGUGCCUUGGGGGCCUCCUAAGCUGUACUGUUAUGGUUUGGGUGGAAGAGAACAAGGGCUGGAAUUCGAGCUUUACUAUUACAAGUAUAGCCUUGAGUUUGGCACUUUCAAUUUUCAUCAGUGGGAGUCCAUUUUAUCGACACAAACAUCCUGGGGGAAGCGCAUUGACAAGAAUCUUUAAGGUUCUUGCUUCUGCAGUUCGAAACUGGAAGGCCUCACCCGAAGAGAGAGUAUUGGAGAACCAGUAUGCAGUAUCUGCAAUCAAUUCGAACGGAGUUAAUGUGCGAUCCCAUAACAAGUAUAAGUUCUUAGACAAAGCAUUAAUUGAUAGCACAGUCAGUGCAGCUCAAGUUAAGGAAACAAAAACUUUUAUAGGCCUUCUACCCAUCUUUGCAAGCACAAUCAUGAUGAAUUGCUGCCUAGCCCAACUUCAGACAUACUCAGUGGUACAAGGGAGCACAAUGAACCGAAAACUACACAAUUUCGAAAUCCCAGUUCAGUCAUUAACCGUACUCCCCCUCUCCGUUAUGCUUGCUUCCAUUCCCUUAUACGAACGAUUCCGAAGAAUCUUAGGAGACAAAAACUCAGCAAAAAGUCACAUCUUCCAACCACUUUGGAGGAUUGGAGUAGGGCUAGCACUAGCAUCUGUAUCAAUGGCUGUAGCUGCCAUAGUUGAAUCUCAGAGACGUAAGGUGGCUCAUAAAAAUGUCACAUUGUCUUUCUUCUGGCUUGGCUGGCAAUACCUCUUCCUUGGAGUCUCAGACAUGCUCACUCUUGGAGGAAUGCUCGAGUUCUUUUACUCGGAAGCGCCCGAUAGCAUGAGAAGCAUGUCUACUUCAUUGUCAUGGUGCUCAACAUCAAUGGGUUACUUUUUGAGCUCAGUUCUGGUGUCCAUAGCAAAUUCAUUGAGUGGAAGAUUCGGUAAAGAGUGGCUUGGAGGAGCUGAUGUGAAUCAUUCACGUUUGGAUCUGUUUUACACACUUCUCUGCAUUCUCAACACUCUCAAUGUUCUUAAUUACCUAUACUGGGCUAGGAAGUAUUAGAAGAACGCCGCUCUUCCUUACCUACAGCUGCAAAUCAUAUACUGGCACAUAUGCAUAAAUAACUUAUUGCAAGCAUUUAAAACAGAAAAAGCUUCUUGUACGUGUCAAACUAUGACACUAUGCAGUGAGGGAUGAUAUUUACUAUUUACAUAUAAGCAGGAAAAUAUAUAUUUCUCGCUGUAGUA